GGAAUGGCAUGCAGGCAGCAGCCUUGGGAACCCCGAUUGCCCCUCCUCACACCUGCCCAUCACAGGACUUGGGCGACGGGGUGGUGAAGUCAGGCUGUGGCCCCAGCGGCGCCACGAGGCCGAAAACCGGCGCUCAGCCUCAUCCCGGUGGCUGCAGAGUGCCAAGCGCCAGGUCCUGCGCUCUGGGCGUGGGUCAGGAGCAGCUGGCAAGGGCAGCGCAGCCUAUGGGGCCCUUGGGCGCGGCCGGCCGCAGCUCCGGGAAGCCACGUCAGCCCACGGGCGCUGCAGCUGCAGCCGCCACCAGCACAUGGAGCAGGGGUCCCCGAGGAUUGGGAAUCCCCGACCAGGCCUGCGCCUCCAGCCGCGCGGACCCCGGGGCCAGCCUGGCCGCGGCAAGUCAGGCAGUCUGCGGCAGGAGCGCCGGGCAUGGGCUUCGGCCGGGGGUGCAGGAGGCGCGCACCCUCCGGCCUGAUGGGGGCGCACUCAGGGCCCAGGAGGCCAUCCCACGGGAGCCCCGCCAGCCCCCGCCGGAGCCCGAGCUGCAGUGCCGCCUGCAAGUGGUGCCCUGGCUGCAGCUGUGGCAACCCCGGAUCCCGUCCUCCCGCCUCGCACCCAUCAGCGCGGCCGGGGGCGACGCAGUGGCGAUGUCGGGCUGUGGGCCCAGCGGUGGCACCAGGCGGAGAAGCACCACUCAGCCCCAUCCCUGGGCUGCAGAGGGCCCAGCGCGGGGGGCUCCGAGCGUCGGGAGCCUGUGGAAGAGAAGAGCGCGCGGGCGACAGUUGAACAGGCCCUGGGGCAGGGCGCGCCUCGCGCUCCAGGGAGCCCCGCCAGCCCGCGGCACCUCCGUAGCAACCGCCGCCUGCACUGGGCGCGCGAGAGCUGCUAGGGCGGUUUCUCUGCCUCGGGCCUGUUGGGCAGGGCCGGCUAAGGUGCGCGUGCUCGCUGGUCCUAACCGUUCUGUUGGGCGUUUCUGCUGAGAGAAGGGAGGCGCUGAGAGUCUGUGCGAAGGUCCGUGGACAGACUGCUUUGCCUGCUGUUGCUCUUCGGAGGCGGCGAUCCCCGAAGGCGAGCUGAAAUACGGCUGCAGGCUACAAUUUGCAGCCGACGAUUACGGAAGACGACGAGCGGGAGAGGUGGCCCACCCUCAUGGAGCGCUUGCUCUCGGAUGGCUUCGCAUUUCCCCAUUACUACAUUAAACCGUAUCAUCUCAAGAGGAUCCACAGAGCUGUCUUCUAUGGUAAUCUGGCGAAACUGAAGUACCUUCUGCUCAUGCAUUAUGACCCCAAUAGGAGAGACAGGAAGGAAAGGACUGCCCUACAUUUGGCCUGUGCCACUGGCCAACCGGAAAUGGUACAUCUCCUGGUGUCCAGAAGAUGUGAGCUUAACCUCUGCGACCGUGAAGACAGGACACCUCUGAUCAAGGCUGUACAACUGAGGCGGGGGGCUUGUGCAACUCUUCUGCUGCAAAAUGGCGCCGAUCCAAAUAUUAUGGACGUCUUUGGAAGGACUGCUCUGCACUACGCUGUGUAUAAUGAAGAUACAUCCAUGAUAGAAAAACUUCUUUCACAUGGUACAAAUAUUGAAGAAUGCAGCAAGAAUGAAUAUCAGCCACUGUUACUUGCUGUGAGUCGAAGAAAAGUGAAAAUGGUGGAAUUUUUAUUAAAGAAAAAAGCAAAUGUAAAUGCCAUUGAUUAUCUUGGCAGAUCAGCCCUCAUACUUGCUGUUACUCUUGGAGAAAAAGAUAUAGUCAUUCUUCUUCUGCAGCACAAUAUUGAUGUGUUUUCUCGAGAUGUGUAUGGAAAGCUUGCAGAAGAUUAUGCCAGUGAGGCUGAGAAUAGAGUCAUUUUGGAACUAAUUAAUGAAUACAAAAGAAAGAAACUUGAAGAGCUUUCUAUAAAUAGCAAUCCAGUGUCUCCUCAGAAACAACCAGCUGAGAAGGCUACAAGUGAUGACAAAGAUUCUGUUUCAAAUAUAGCCACAGAAAUAAAGGAGGGACCUAUAUCUGGGACAGUGUCUUCUCAGAAACAACCAGCUGAGAAGGCUACAAGUGACGAGAAAGAUUCUGUUUCAAAUAUAGCCACAGAAAUAAAGGAGGGACAACAAUCUGGGACAGUGUCUCCUCAGAAACAAUCGGCCUGGAAGGUUAUAUUUAAAAAGAAAGUUUCUCUUUUGAAUAUUGCCACAAGAAUAAUGGGCGGUGGGAAAUCUGGAACAGUGUCUUCUCAGAAACAACCAGCCUCAAAGGCUGCAAGUGACAAGACAGAUUCUGCUUUGAAUAAAGCUACAGAAAUAAAGGAUGGACUACAAUGUGGGACAGUGUCUUCUCAGAAACAACCAGCCUUGAAGGCUACAACUGACGAGGAAGGUUCUGUUUCGAAUAUAGCCACAGAAAUAAAGGAUGGAGAAAAAUCUGGGACAGUGUCUUCUCAGAAAAAACCAGCCUUGAAGGCCACAAGUGAUGAGAAAGAUUCUUUUUCGAAUAUAACCAGAGAAAAAAAGGAUGGAGAAAUAUCUAGGACAGUGUCUUCUCAGAAACCACCAGCCUUGAAGGCUACAAGUGUCAAGGAAGAUUCUGUUUUGAAUACAACCAGAGAAAAAAAGGAUGGAGAAAAAUCUAGGACAGUGUCUUCUCAGAAAAAACCAGCCUUGAAGGCCACAAGUGAUGAGAAAGAUUCUUUUUCAAAUAUAACCAGAGAAAAAAAGGAUGGAGAAAUAUCUAGGACAGUGUCUUCUCAGAAACCACCAGCCUUGAAGGCUACAAGUGUCAAGGAAGAUUCUGUUUUGGAUAUAGCCAGAGAAAAAAAGGAUGGAGAAAAAUCUAGGACAGUGUCUUUUGAGCAACCACCAGGCUUGAAGGCUACAAGAGACGAGAAAUAUUCUCUUUUGAAUAUAGCCAGAGGAAAAAAGGAUGGAGAAAAAACUAAGAGAGUGUCUUCUCAUAAACAACCAUCCUUUAAGGCUACAAGUGACAAGGAAGAUUCUAUUCCAAAUAUAGCCACAGAAACAAAGGAUGAACAAAUAUCUGGGGCAGUGUCUUCUCAGAAACAACCAGCCUUGAAGGCUACAAGUGACAAGAAAGAUUCUGUUUCGAAUAUACCCACAGAAAUAAAGGAUGGACAACAAUCUGGAACAGUGUCUUCUCAGAAACAACCAGCCUGGAAGGCUACAAGUGUCAAGAAAGAUUCUGUUUCUAAUAUAGCCACAGAAAUAAAGGAUGGACAAAUACGUGGGACAGUGUCUUCUCAGAGACGACCAGCCUUGAAGACUACAGGUGAUGAGAAAGAUUCUGUUUCGAAUAUAGCCAGAGAAAUAAAGGAUGGAGAAAAAUCUGGGACAGUGUCUCCUCAGAAACAAUCGGCCCAGAAGGUUAUAUUUAAAAAGAAAGUUUCUCUUUUGAAUAUUGCCACAAGAAUAAUGGGCGGUUGGAAAUCUGGAAGAGAGUAUCCUGAGAAUCUGCCCACCUUGAAGGCUACAAUUGAAAAUAAAGAUUCUGUUCUGAAUACAGCCACCAAAAUGAAGGAUGUACAAACAUCCACACCAGAACAAGACUUAGAAAUGGCAUCAGAGGGAGAGCAAAAGAGGCUUGAAGAAUAUGAAAAUAACCAGCCACAGGUGAAAAACCAAAUACAUUCUAGGGAUGACCUUGAUGACAUAAUUCAGUCACCUCAAACAGUCUCAGAGGAUGGUGACUCGCUUUGCUGUAACUGUAAGAAUGUCAUAUUACUCAUUGAUCAACAUGAAAUGAAGUGUAAAGAUUGUGUUCACCUAUUGAAAAUUAAAAAUACAUUUUGUUUAUGUAAAAGAUUAAUAGAACUUAAAGAUAAUCACUGUGAGCAACUUAGAGUAAAAAUUCGAAAACUGAAAAAUAAGGCUAGUGUACUACAAAAGAGACUAUCUGAAAAAGAAGAAAUAAAAUCGCAGUUAAAGCAUGAAAUACUUGAAUUGGAAAAAGAACUCUGUAGUUUGAGAUUUGCCAUACAGCAAGAAAAAAAGAAAAGAAGAAAUGUUGAAGAGUUGCACCAAAAAGUUAGGGAAAAGUUAAGAAUAACAGAAGAGCAAUAUAGGAUAGAAGCUGAUGUGACAAAACCAAUUGAACCGGCUCUCAAAUCAGCGGAGGUGGAAUUGAAGACAGGAGGAAAUAAUUCAAAUCAGGUUUCUGAAACUGAUGAAAAAGAAGACCUGCUGCAUGAAAACCGCUUGAUGCAAGAUGAAAUUGCCAGGCUCAGGCUUGAAAAAGACACAAUAAAAAACCAAAACCUGGAAAAGAAAUACUUAAAAGACUUUGAAAUUGUGAAAAGAAAGCAUGAAGACCUUCAAAAGGCUCUAAAACGGAAUGGGGAAACAUUAGCAAAAACGAUAGCCUGUUAUAGUGGACAGCUUGCUGCUCUGACAGAUGAAAACACAACGCUCCAUUCCAAACUGGAGAAGCAAAAAGAGAGCAGGCAAAGACUGGAAACAGAAAUGCAAUCAUACCAUUGUAGACUGAAUGCUGCUCGAUGUGAUCAUGAUCCAAGUCACUCAUCAAAAAGAGACCAAGAGCUUGCUUUCCAGGGCACAGUAGAUAAAUGUUGUCAUUUACAGGAAAAUUUGAAUUCUCAUGUUCUGAUUCUUUCUCUGCAACUUUCUAAAGCUGAGAGUAAGUCCAGAGUCCUCAAAACUGAGCUCCAUUACACAGGAGAGGCUCUGAAAGAAAAGGCUUUGGUUUUUGAACACGUGCAAAGUGAGCUAAAGCAAAAACAGAGUCAAAUGAAGGACAUUGAAAAAAUGUACAAAAGUGGAUACAAUACAAUGGAAAAAUGCAUAGAAAAACAGGAAAGAUUUUGUCAACUAAAAAAACAAAAUAUGUUGCUUCAACAGCAACUGGAUGAUGCUCACAACAAAGCUGACAAUCAAGAAAAAGCAAUACUUAAUAUUCAAGCCAGAUGUGAUGCUAGAGUACAAAACCUUCAAGCUGAGUGCAGAAAGCACCGUCUUUUACUAGAAGAAGACAAUAUAAUGUUGGUCAAUGAACUGAAUCAUUCGAAAGAAAAAGAAUGCCAAUAUGAAAAAGAGAAAGCAGAAAGAGAAGUAGCUGUGAGACAGCUUCAACAAAAACGAGAUGAUGUCUUAAACAAAGAAUCAGCAACAAAAGCUUUGCUGGAUGCUUCAUCGCGUCACUGCACCUAUUUAGAAAAUGGGAUGCAGGAUUCAAGGAAGAAAUUAGACCAGAUGAGAAGUCAAUUUCAAGAAAUACAGGAUCAACUUACAGCUACUAUAAGAUGUACUAAGGAGAUGGAAGGCAACGCACAAAAGCUUGAAGUAGAACAUGUGAUGAUGAGAAAAAUUAUUAAAAAACAGGAUGACCAAAUUGAACGGCUUGAGAAAAUCCUGCAGCAUUCAAGUUUGAUGCUGCAGGUGUUUGAGAGCUAGAUGAAGCAUCCAGCCAAACUAGACUACAUGGAGCUCCACAGUGAUCGUCUUCACCUCCAGCUGUUUGCAUUUACUUCUUCCCUCUAUCCUACGUGUGCUUUCCUUCCCCUUCAGAUAUCAACCUAUGAAUUGCCUCUACCAAAAAGCCUACAAUAUUGACACAAACCUGGAUAUGGACAUUUCUGGAAUUACAGAGCCCCCUCUACAUUGAGCACAAGACAGUGACGAAUCCACAUUCUUCAGCCAGAAAGUCACCUCUGAGAGCCAAAUGUCUGACUAUAGACAGGAGAGUCAAAGAAUGAUAAUGACAUCUCAGGAAAAUUGUGAAAAUAAUCAGCAACCUUUCUCCACAGACACUACCCAAAGCAGUCCUUCACUACAGUGGCAGACAGACCUGAAAAUUUUCAUCUGAAGCAGCAGAGUGAACUGCAGAGGCAGGUCACCAACCAGUGUGGAGGCUAAAAGCGGGCCUCUUUGGGGAUUCCAGGUGGAAGUGUUGGACAUCUGUAGUAUUCUGGUCUCGAAUCAUCCUGAUAUUCUUCAUUUUGUUAUUCACAUUGGACUAGGCAGGAACAAAGAUCACCACAACUGGCUCCCCUUCAACUAUGUUAGAUGGCAACUUGCCUUCAGUAUGGUGAAACACAUCAGUUAAGACUGGGGUUGUGCAUGGCAGGACUUUCUACAAGGACACCCAGUCUCCUUAAUAAACAUGAGAUGCUCUCUUUCCAGAAUUUCUCUUGCCUGACACAGCAUAGGAAGAUGCUGAACGGCCGCACAGUGAUCCAUUGAGAUAGAAUCUCACUAUGUUGACCAGGCUGGUCUUGAACUCUUGGCACCCAAGCGAUCCUUUUGCCUGGAAUCCCAAAGUGUCAGAUUUACUGAAGAAUAUUUCAUUGUAAUUACUUUUUAUACUUUAUAGGUCAAGAGCUCUGUUUUAAAGACAAAAUUUAUUGAAUAUACUUUUUCAAACAAAGUUUCAUGUUCUAAUCAUUGUCUGGUUUCAGCAUUAAAUGAAACACAGUAAAGAAAGUUGGGCUGA